CGGCUUGCAUUUUGCCUCGAACCACCAUGACCCGCCGCGAGGCGUCGGGGAACAACUACGGGUCCAUUUCUCCGUCUCGACAAGACGCAUUGACCACCAUGCCGAAGGAGUUUACCAUGAAAGCUGUUCUCAUCGGACUAUUGAUCGGAUGCCUCCUCUGCUUCACGAAUCUUUCGUUCGGCCUGCAGACAGGAUGGAUCUCAAUGAUGUCGCUGCAAUCAGCUCUCAUAGGGUUUUUGAUAUCACGACUUUUGCCUACACCGAUGAGUGCUCAAGAGGUCAUUGUCGUGCAGACGACUGCUGUAGCAACUGGAACUAUGCCGCUUGCAGCGGGAUUUGUUGGCAUCAUUCCUUCUCUCAAGUUACUGGAUGAAUCACGAGAUGGUUCCGCACCAAUCAACCUCUCUUGGAUAGCAGCCGUGGGUUGGUCCUGUUCUGUGGCAUUCUUCGGCGUGUUUUUGUCUCCACCGAUCCGCAAGCAAGUGAUCAUCAAAGAGCAAUUGGCAUUUCCAUCCGGUACUGCGACGGCACAACUGAUUGCAGUUCUACACAAGAUGCCCCCGCCGGAUACAACUGUCCGCCGACGCGUUGGAUACAGUGCGGUCCCAGAUGAAGAAGUCCCUGCUGAGACUGAGGAGACGCCUCUUCCCGAGCCACCUUCCGAGCGCGUUCAAUCUGGAGGAUGGUCUGCUCUUGCGGCCAGUUUCGGGGUCUCGGCCGUGUUAACACUGGCUGCCUACUUUUUCCCUGCGAUAUUUUCGAUCCCUUUGUUUGGGGCAUAUCUGGCCCAAAAUUGGGCUUGGACAUUCACACCCAGCCUGGCUUACAUUGGUCAAGGAAUAAUCAUGGGUUUCCCCACAACACUGAGCAUGAGCCUGGGGAUGCUUGUGGGCUGGGGCGUCCUCUCGCCCAUCUCGAAGCUGUCUGGCUGGGCGCCAGGUCCUGUCGGUGACAUGACUAACGGUGCACGUGGCUGGAUUCUGUGGACGUCUCUUGCGAUCAUGUGCGCAGAUAGUGCCGUUUCGUUGGUUCCAGUUGUUUGGGACUACGUGCACGACCUUGUACAUGGCGAUCAAGCAAACGGGGACAAAGAUGAACUGGAGACCGAGACAGAAGACCGAUUGGUCCCCAACAGCUGGGUGCUUAGCGGAACUUUGGCAAGCGUUGUCUUGGGUACACUUCUCGUCUGGCUUGUGUUUGGACAUGACGGCAUCAAACCAUGGGCCACAUUUCUUGGAUUUGUCCUCGGUGGCCUGCUCAGCAUUCUUGGCGUUCGGGCCCUGGGAGAGACCGAUCUCAACCCGGUAUCUGGACUGGGAAAGAUCUCGCAACUCUUGUUCGCUUGGAUUCAGCCAGGAAACAUUGUUGCUAAUAUUAUCGCUGGUGGUGUCGCCGAGGCUGGCGCCCAACAAGCGGGCGAUCUCAUGCAGGAUCUGAAGACCGGUCAUCUGUGUGGUGCUUCGCCUCGUGCGCAGUUUUUCGGUCAACUUGUGGGAUCUGCAGUGUCAAUCGUGGUAACCACUACGGCCUAUUCCUUGUACAAUCGGGCCUACGUCAUUCCUGGCCCGUCUUUCCCUGCACCUACCGCUUAUGUGUGGCUCAGCCUCGCCAGACUGCUUCGUGACGGCCAACUUCCAGAAAACAGUGCUUUCUUCAUGAUAGGCUUUGCCGCAUUGUUCGCGUUGGUUUCUGCCUUCAAAGCUCACGCCGCCCGCCGUGAUCUGUGGUACACUCAGUGGAUUCCAUCUGGUGUUGCGUUUGCGAUCGGUUUCUUGAACACCCCGUCGUUCUCCAUCGCUCGCCUGAUUGGCGGAGCUGCCGAAUAUAUCUACCGCACAAAAUAUGCUCGCGGCAAGCACGACAUCCGCCUCAUCGUCAUCGCCAGUGGCUUCGUACUCGGUGAAGGGAUCGUGAGUGUUGUUUCCCUCAUUCUCAGGACAUACGGCAUCGGCGUAGCUAGCUGCUGGGGAUGUGUACCCGGUCUGUGCGGAGGCUGUCCAGCGUAGUAUUUCUCGAUGUAUCUAGAAUUGGCAAGGACACGUCAGCGCGACCCACUCCUAUUUGGGUCGUCCUUGAAUAAACAGUUGACGCGCUCUUAAGCGCCCAUUCCGUGUCCGUUCGCCAUCUCUACUAAUGUCUCGCGUCCAACUUGCCAAGAUCCCCGCGCUGACUUUCUACAAAGGGGAGUGGACUCAGAGUCGGCGCACUGAGGCGCUUCCUCAAUUGACAUGUGUUGGCAAGCCUUGCAAAUUGUUUACCCCGGACGUUCGUCUUCCUGUAGUCUUAUGCCGUCCAAAGACUAGGUCACUUACUGUGCCUUACCGCUCACAGGUCGUUCGCUGUGAGUCUCUUGGAGGCUCAGGGACGGAUAUCGACUGGAAGGUGCGCUGAUGACUUGAGCGUCACAUUCAAGCUGUAACCAACCUCGAGUGUUAGUGUCAUGCCGACCUUCCGGAUUCUCUCCGACUAGGCAGAGUCUCAGUCUCAUGCGAAGGUUUUUCUAAACCCGGCGACCCGUGGGUUCUGAAAGGUCGGUUUCGCGUAACGUUGCACGGGUAUUCCCAAACUGCCCUCUCAUCCUGCCGCAGAUUCGUGCGCUCUCGAGUACCGCCUGGUACAAGUCCCGAAAAACCUCCGGGACAGUGAUUCCGACAACUAUCUGCACAACACCCCCUCCGAGCCUCUCGACGUCGCGUCUAUCUUGUUCUACCUGCUGUGGAUUGGAGUCUGUGCGAUGAUCGCGUUUGCGCUCCUCCGCUCCUGUUUUGGCGAUAGGAAUGAACAUGCUGGGGCCGGGCGGGGUGAGCGUCCAGGCGGGCCUGGUCCCCGCCCUGGCGCAGGCCGCCCUGCAUUCUUCCCUGGAGGCAUGGACCACGACACGGACGACGCUCCGCCCCCCUACUCGAAGAUGGGCCAGGGGAUGGCCAACCAAGACGGCUGGCGGCCUGGCUUUUGGACGGGUGCCGCAUUGGGAGGAUUGGGCGCGCAUUUGUUGAAUAACAGACAAGGUGGUCAGCGAACAUACGAUUGGGAACGCGAACGGUACCGCCAUCAGUCUGGCAGCGGGGGCUGGUUCGCGAGGGAUCCGCCAUCACGCAGACCAGACGAUCGUGGUGAGGGCUCCUCGAAUCUGGGAGCCAUGAGACAGAGCACUGGAUUCGGAGGCUCAAAUGUGCGAUAGUUGCGAUGUCCCUUGAGCAGACCACCACCGGGAACGCGUUUACAGCCGAGAGACGGAUAUUCGCUGUCCCGAAUGAAUCCGGAUUCGUCCGUGGAGAGCGUUUGCUGUGGAGGAUGGAGGCGCACAUGCCUCCCGAAAAGCUCAAGCCACUCUAAGACUGGCUUUGUGGUCCAGCGUUCACCCGGCCUACCGCCUCGCUGGAACCAGCCCAGAUGCCCGCCGGAGCGUGUCAGCACGGAGACGACGAACUCGUUUUGCUUGGGUGUCUGCACACGUUGCACUACAGGAUCGUCUUGGGCAUUGAUGGUCAGGCAGGGCACCCGGAUCUGCUGGGCGAUUUCGUGGCUGGAUGCCCAGGUAUAGUAGUCGUCCACAGACUUGAAAGGGAACGGCGGUAUGUCACCCACAGAACGGGUGAAUAUACCGUCGAAAUCGGUCAGCGUUGGAUUUUUGAUUCUCAAGAUUUCGGGGAUCGCUUUUGCUGUGGGAUGGUCUGGAUCGGCCCUGAAAGCGUCGAUGUUCUGCCGGAAGAUGUUCAUCACGUUUUCCCCCAUACGUCGGAGGUAAAGGUGUCUUCCUAUCGUGCUAUGAAGCAGA